AUGUCUGCCGGAGCCGCAUUUUUUGCGCUCCUCUUGAUUCAGCUCGUCGCCGUCUCGGCGGCCCCUAUGCCGGCCCCCCAAACCCCGCAGUGUAGUCCCUCCCAGUACUACAGCAAAGCUUUUAAGUUGUGCUUCGAAUGCUCGACCAAGCUCACCAACGCGACCAGCUGCAACCGCAACCGUCCCACGGCUUGCUCGUAUGGCCGCGUGAGCAAUGGGCAAUGCCGUGCACGCAUUGGCUGCUCCGGUCCUCGAUAUGUCACCGCGGAUGGUAAGUCCAUGCCAACAAGGGUGUGCAAACGCUUCAAUCCUUACACGUGUAGCUAGGAACUGACCCCUCGCCCUUCACCCUUCCUUCUACGCGUACUCGUUGCUUUGACCUCGUCACAGGCGCGUCUUGCCGUCGUUGCCCCGACACCAACGCGGCUCGUUGUGACCAGUCUUCGGGCAAGUCAGUCGCCUGCAACUAUGGUGUACCCAUGAAAGGGGUAUGUACGGCGGUGUCAUGCACCGGUGACCUCUACCUCGCCCCCAGUGGUUCGUUCUGUUCAAGCUCCUCACGCUCGCCCAAUUUGCUGCGCACUGACCAUCCAGCCUCGACCUUCCAGGUCGCCAAUGCCGACGCUGCCGCAGCUUUGACAGACACGCAUCUUCCUGCGAUUCUGAUGGGACACUGCGCGGAUGUGAGCCUGGCUACUCUUUGAAGUCGAACAAAUGACAGGCCGAUCCCACCACCACCCAGAGCACUGGAGGCGUUCACACGACUACAACCACGAGCGCUGCUGGCAUUCCCACCACUACCUCAGGCGUGCCUAUCGCUACAACUACCCCUUCUCUUGGUCUCCCGAUUGCGAAUACUACGCCUUCGCUCGGUCUGCCCAUCGCAACUACGACUCCUUCGCUUGGGCUGCCCAUCGCGACUACCACCCCAUCGCUCGAUUUGCCGAUUGCCACUACGACCCCCUCCCUUGGUCUCCCGAUUGCCACGACCACUCCCUCUCUUGGUCUCCCGAUCGCCACUACUACCCCGUUGCUUGGCCUCCCAAUCGCCACUACAAAUCCUUCUCUCGGCUUGCCGAUCGCGACCACCACUCCUUCCCUCGGGCUUCCAAUUGCGACGACUAUUCCCUCUCUUGGUCUUCCCAUUGCUACGACUACCCCUUCCCUUGGUCUCCCGAUUGCGACUACUACCCCUUCGCUGGGUCUACCAAUCGCAACCACCACACCCGAGUUGGCUACCACGCGACCCCAGCGAUUGUCACGACCACUCCAGCUAUUGUCACGACGACCCCUAUGCUCGUGAUCAUGACCACCACUCCCGCCUUACCCUGA